AUGCAGAGUUUUUGUGCCCUUACGUCCUGCUGCUCAGAGCUGGAAGAGCCACCACUGCUCCACCCCACCCCUGCAACUGUGCUGCCCCCAGUUGGAUCCUCUAGAUAUAUUUUCAUUGAUGUGAGAUAUAAUCUACGUCUUAGCAGUUAUCAGAGGAACAGGUAUACAGCUUUUAUUCGCAUCGGGAGCUGGGAUACAAAUGUUCUCUAUCCACCUCAUCCUAUCCAGGGACCAAGAUUCCAGGCUUUUCCACAUGGAGGGAGUCCUGGGUACUUCACUGAAGGGUUCCUGGCAUUGCAACAUGCCCUGGCUAUGUCCCUGAUAGCAAAGCAGAACUACACCAAAUUCCUGACGCUGUCAACAGUUAGAAAUCUCAAAGUGUUUGCUAAGAGAUUUCCAUAUCCAAAGUAUCAGCAUGAUUUCUUCUUCCAUUUUUUUAGUAAUUUUGUCCCUUUAGUGGUAUUAUUUGUCUUCUUCAUGAAUCAUCUCACCCUCAUUCAAUCCAUUGUGUGGGAAAAGGAUAAAGGACUGAAGGAGUACCAGCUUAUGAUUGGACUCCGUCAUUGGAUGCUCUGGGCAGCCUAUUUCUUCACCUACCUUAUUUUUCACCUAAUAAGCAUCUCUGUGUUGUGCAUUGUUUUAUUUAUCAAGAUUGAACCUAGGCCAGUCCUGCAGUACAGUGAGCUUUCUCUUAUCGUCAUCUUUUUGCUGUGUUUUGCCUUUGCCACAAUACUCUUCAGCUUCAUGACUAGCACCAUCUUCAGUAAAGAAAUAGGACUUAAAUGGAAAAACAUCACACUAAUGGAAUAUGAGGAAUUUUAUUUUGCAUAUAUACUAGGAAUGUUGCUCUUUGAUGGUUUCUUGUACGGCCUUGUGACCUGGUAUAUAGAAAGUGUAUUUCCAGGAAAAUAUGGCAUGCCAAAACCAUGGUAUUUUUUUAUGAUGCGCUCUUACUGGUGUGGAGAAAAACAUAAGAUUAAAGAGAUAACAUCACUUGAUGAUACAACUAAAACUCAGUAUUUUGAAGAAGAACCUACUAAUUUGAUAGCAGGAAUACAAAUAAAAAAUGUGUACAAGAAUUUUCAUAUGUAUAAAACUGAAAAAGUAGCUGUAAAAAAAUUGACUUUGAAUAUAUAUGAGGGGCAGAUCACUGUGCUUCUAGGAAACAAUGGGGCAGGAAAAUCCACUACUCUCUCCAUUCUCUCAGGUCUCUAUCCUGCUACUAGUGGAGAAGUAUAUAUCAAUGGAUAUGAAGUCUCAGAACAAAUAGUUGAGAUUAGAAAAAGCUUUGGCUUGUGUCUCCAGCAGAACUUAUUGUAUAAUAACAUGACAGUAUCAGAACAACUUUAUUUCUACUCUGUGCUGAAAGGAAUACCUCAAAAGAUGCGGUCUACGGAAAUUGAACAAAUGCUUUCUAAAUUUAACCUUCUCGAAAAAUGUAAUGUAUAUGCAAACACACUGAGUGGAGGAAUGAAACGCAAAGUCUCCAUCAUUAUAGCACUUUUAGGAGGCUCCAAGGUGGUGAUACUUGAUGAACCAACAUCUGGUAUGGACCCAGCAUCCAGGCGGUCCACCUGGGAUUUCCUUCAGCAUCAUAAACAGGGUCGGACAAUCUUAUUGACCACUCAUUACAUGGAUGAAGCUGAUGUCCUGGGUGACCGCAUUGCCAUCAUGAUCGAGGGAUCCUUGAAGUGCUGUGGAUCUCCAAUUUUCCUGAAAAAUGCAUAUGGUAUUGGAUAUCACAUAAUCAUGGUGAAAGAAUCACAUUGUAAUGUUGAAGAAAUCUUCAAAUUGAUAGAUUAUUAUAUCCCAACAGCCACCUUGGAGAGUAAUCUUAAAUAUGAAUUGUCUUUUAUGCUACCCAAAGAAUACAGGCACAGGUUUGAAGAUCUUUUUACUGAUCUGGAAAAUAGACAGCAAGAACUGGGCAUAGCCAGCUUUGGUGCUGCUAGCACUACUAUAGAAGAAGUCUUCUUAAGAGUCAAUGCUAUGGAGGAUUUAGAAACUACUUCCAAAUCUACCCAGUCUCAAGAUCCCUCCUUGAUUAAUCAAAUCUCAAUCACGAGUGAGAGUAAAUUCAGAAAUGAGAUGCCAGAGUCUUCCAUAACAAAUGAAUAUCCUGUUAUCAGGUUUAACACUGGAUGCUUUCUCUGUAGUCAGCAGCUCUGGGCUUUGUUCAUCAAGAAGAUGAUGUACAACUGGCGCAACUGGAAAAUGCUUUUGCUACAGAUACUGGCGUUUCUAAGUUCAUUUAUCAUUCUCUCAGCAUCACAAAGACAUUCACAUAAUUAUUUGGAUAAAAAUCCCAGAGAAAUGGAUUUGAAUGAAUAUGGUGAAACCAUUGUGCCUUUAUCUCUUAUUGGGAAUGAAAAUUUUACUGAAUUUAUUGAGGUUCUUGAGAAAACUCUUCAGUCUAACAACCAUAAACUUGUGGUAGUGCAAGGUGACAUGCUGCAGUACUUGCUAAAAAAUGAAGACUGUAUACUCAUGUGCAUUGUUGCUCUUAUCUUGGAAACACGUAAUUCAACUGUAGAACUUACUGCUCUAUUUAAUAAUGAAGCAUAUCAUUCUCCAGCAGUAUCUCUGUCAUUGGUACAUGACAUACUGUUCAAGUUAAAUGCUCCUGAUCCUGAUACUUCUUUAACAGUUGUCAAUAAACCUCAGCCAAAAAUUUAUGAAAAAGAAAGAAUUUCACUGACGACAACUGGAAUAGAAGUGGUGCUAGAUGUACAUUUUGGGAUGGCUUUCUUGAUGAGUGGAUUUUGCCUUCUGUCAGUGACUGAGAUGGUCUCUAAAGCAAAGCACAUACAGUUCAUGAGUGGCGCUUCCAUCCUCAUCUACUGGUUUUCUGCUCUUCUAUGGGAUUUGAUAGUUUUCUUUAUGACUAGCUGCCUAUUAAUGGUGGUGUUCCUAUGCCUUGAGUUGAACAUUUAUGUCCAGAAUUACCGAUUUCUGGAUACAGUGCUGAUCUUCACCAUGUAUGGCUGGUCAGCCAUUCCCCUCAUGUACCUGAUGGGCUUCCUAUACAAUCAUAGUGGUCAAGCCUACACCAAUCUGGUCCAAUUUAACUAUUUUUCAGGCAUUUUCACUAACCUUAUAGAUAUUAUCGGGGAGAAAGGGCUGCAAAGUCUCUUACCAAAUUCCACCAGAAAAUUCAUACUUAAAUCAUUAACGAUCUUUCCAAAUUACAACCUCGGAAAGUGCCUUAGUAAUUAUUUUGAUUUCUACCAGAUGGUGUUAAUUUGCUCACUUAAAAAGCCUUCUGCCGCUUCCUUGGAAUGCCUUCAAGAGUAUAAUAAAAACAUUUAUUCUAUGGAAAAGAAUAUGAUUGGAGAGCAUCUCAUUUCAAUGUGUGUUAUAGGCUUUAUAUUCCUUUUAUUGCUAUUCUUUUGGGAGACAACUUGGUGGAAAAUAAGAGCAUUUUUCAGUAAAUAUAUUUACUUUGGUAUUUAUAAGAUAUUUAAAGAGGAGAAAAUAUCCAAGGAAUUAUCUGGCGACUCUGAUGAUGAAGAUGUACAGAAUGAAAGGAAGAGAGUCCUGGCACUGACCCUGGAGUUGCUGGAUUCAGCAAUAGUUAUGAAGGAACUCAUAAAGAUAUAUUUUAAGUGUCCAGUUGUUCUGGCUGUGAAAAAUAUUUCCUUUGAAGUCCAGAAAGGAGAGUGCUUUGGAUUGCUGGGAUACAGUGGAGCUGGAAAAAGUACUAUAUUCCAAAUUUUGGCUGAAGAAGAUUCUGCCACCUCUGGGGAUGUAUUCAUUGAUGGCUCUAACAUCACUAGAAAUUUCAGAAAGGUGACUUCAAAAGUUAGCUAUUGCCCUCAAUCUGAUGCCUUGCUGGAGUAUAUGACUGCUCGGGAAACAUUGAUUAUGUAUGCAAGAUUGUGGGGAAUAUCUGAGAACCAGAUUAAUCCAUAUGUGAAUGAGCGUUUGAAGUCCCUACAACUGGCAGCCCAUGCUGACAAGAUUAUAAGAACCUACAGUGGAGGAAACAAACGUAGGCUGAGUACUGCUGUUGCCAUGACCGGAAACCCCUUGAUCAUUUUGAUGGAUGAGCCAUCCACGGGUGUAGACCCAUUAGCCCGAAAACUCAUCUGUAAUGUUGUGACAGAGGCACGUAAAAAUGACAAAGCCAUAGUGAUCUCUUCCCACAGUAUGGAGGAAUGUGAUUCUAUCUGUACCAAAUUAGCCAUCAUGGUAGAGGGGAAGAUUGUGUGUUUGGGAAGUCCUCAGAACCUCAAGAACAAGUUUGGCAACGUUUACAACCUGAAGGUGAAAGUCAAGAGUGAUAUAAGUGAGGCUAAGUUGGAAGAAUUUAAAAGAUUCAUCUUGGUGAUAUUUCCAGGUAGUGAAUUAGAUCAGGAAAAUCAAGGGAUACUUAAUUACCACAUUCCCAGAAAGGACAAUAACUGGGGAAAGGUUUUUGGUAUUUUGGAGAAAGCUAAACAACAAUAUGAUUUAGAAGACUAUUGUAUUGGUCAAAUGACUUUGGAACAGAUUUUCCUCACCUUUUCUAUGUCAAAGAAUGUCCCAGAUGUUCCAGAUUAUAUGAAGAAAAGGGAGUUGGGUAAAGUUAGUUUAAAUAAGAUGAAUACAGUUAGUUUGGAAGAGAAGGAUAAAAGUCGCAUCAGUGAGAUUGAGUGA